GCGCUGCUACUCCAGGACGGCGCGUAUGUGAAUGAUCGGUACGAGGAACUCCAAGAAGGACGACGGCAAAAGGAUCAGAAUGGGCCAGCUCAGUCAGUGGGCGUUUUUGCCGACUGCAGCUCCACCUUCAAGCUCUCGGACGAAGAGCGCCAACAGCUGGAGCAUUGGCGGAUUGUGCAGCGAGCGAAGGCGCUGUACGCCAAAGGACCGACGCCACAAUUAACCAAGAGAUUUUUAGUGUUACAGAACAUCCUAGAUAAGCUGUAUGCUGAAAAGGAGGCAGAUCUGUACAUCACUUCACCCUCAAAUAACGCUCUGAAGCGACCAGACACGAUAGAGACGAAUGUCCCUAUUGCUUUCAAAGAACUACCCUUACCGACGCAAAUCGUGCUUAAAAUGUUCUUCCGGACGUGUCAGUCACUGCGAGAUCCAUUGAAACUCGCAGUGAAUAGUCGACUUUCGGUGCAAAUCGCAGCCAAACUACCGAGUUUAUUGACGUCGAUGCCUACGUGUGUGUUGUCGCCGGGUUUAACGGAUGAGGUUCCGGUGGAGUUAGAGGAUGAGGGAAAUGUUUGGAGCGUAUUCUAUCAAUUGUUUCAAUUGUUUGAAGAGCUCUUGGGUAUAAAGAGUGAUUGCAUGGGUGAGGAAAAGGUCUGUCUAUCUGCAAGUGACCGAGCUACUGUAGUUGUAGCGUAUGUGGCGCUGAGUUUGAAGUGGGGUAGACUCGGCUAUUUGCUAAAAGGGAUCAAGCUGCUACUGGAGAAUGAUGCUGAGCUUGGCGGAGUGAGAUUGGAACCUCUCCAGCCGCUUUUUCGUGAGCUGGCAGAGGCUUCUGUUGAGCGAGCACAGACAACAAUUGGCGAAGAAGAUCAGCCUUGUGGCUAUCUCAUGAGCUUUGGUAAGGGCGAUCACGGGAAGUUAGGUCAUGGCCAGUGUGUGCACGUCAGUUGCCAAGAAGGAAAUUGCACAGAGAACAAGCUGGUGCCGACUAUGAUUGCAGCUACUAGGGACAUUCUCUUCCGUAGGAUCGACUCGCUUUCGACACACAGCAUUGCUAUUACCGCUAAGGGUGACGCGAUGGCCUGGGGCAAUGGUGAUAAAUACCGAUUGGGUCACGGAUCCUCAACGAAAGAGUAUACACCACGAAUGAUCGAGCAUUUGAGACUGAAAGGACGAGUUCGUGACCUUGCUUGUGGCCUCGGGCAUACCCUAGCGCUAAUGGAAUCAGGAGAGCUCUUCGCUUGGGGGAACGGUUCAAAUGGCCGCUUGGGUUUGGGCGACACCAAUGACCGACCUGAAUCCUGUAGUACAAGCGUGCCUGUACGAUUUCGGCAUAUUUUCUGUGGCGCUUCGCACUCCUUAGGCCUUUCGUGGGACGGACGAGCGUAUACAUGGGGAAAGAACAAUCAGGGUCAAUGUGGUCAUGGCCACACUAACGAUCAAUGGACCAUCCAAGAGAUUGAAAGCUUCGAAGAUGGAGAAGAAGCAGAAUGCGUCACUUACGCGGCUGGUGGUUGGGAACACACUCUGUUUAGUACGGCUUCGGGUCGUGUAUACUCUUGUGGCUGUGGAUACAAGGAUAGUCGUCGUGCUGGCAUCCCUCCUGUCCUUGGACACGGCGACUGUGAUCGUCGGCUCAAACCUACGCUGAUACAGUCGUUAGAAGAUGCCAGAGAGGAAAUUGUUAAAGUAGCGUGUGGAUGGGAUCAUUCACUUGCCGUAUCGGCAAGUGGGAAAGUGUAUACGUGGGGGUCUGGUACGAAUGGCAAACUUGGACACGGCGAUGAAGAGAGCUUUGAUACCCCCACACUUGUGCGAACCAUGGAGGGUAGACAUGUCAAAGACGCGAAAGCGGGAUGCGAACACACAGUCUUUCUGACUUACGACCACGAAUUGUGGUCUUGUGGACAGGGUGACAGUGGUCGAUUGGGUCAUGGCGACAGUCAAACACGGAAACGCCCCACGAAGAUUGGACUCUUUGUAUAA